CGACUUAUCCGGCACAGUUGUUCCCAUAGCUCCACCAACCGACAUGGCUCACUUCCACUUCCUCGGCGUCGCCUCCAGCCUGCUGCUCCUGCUGGCCUCCACCAGGGCGGGAUUGAUUGCCCAGCCGAGCAUCAGCUAUGCGGGCGAUGAGCACGCGGUGGCCCACACCCAGCAGAAUGUGGUCAGGAGCUUUGACGGCACCGUCUCCCACUACGCCAAGUCGGUGGCCACGCCCUUCUCGCAGGUCCACAAGCAAGACACCCGGAUCAGCAACAAUGUCUACCAGCCGGCGGUGGCCAAGACCUUCAGCUACGCCCCAGCCCCAGUUCCAGUCUCGAUCCCGGCUCCAGUCUACACCCAUCAGGCUCAGCCGGAGCCAUCUCAUCUGUUCACCCAGGCAUCGCCGGUCUACCAUCAACCCGCCCGUGUCCAGACCUCUCCGGUGUACCAUCAGCCCGCUCAGGUGGCGACUCCUUCGGUCUACCACCAACCUGCCCAUGUGGAGACCCCCGCCGUUUAUCACCAGCCCGCCCACUACAGUCACCAGCCCACCGUCAUCCAGUAUUCCCCGGCGGAGACCGUCUCCCACAUGACCUUCGAUGGUUUCGGUACCCAUUACGGUUUCUAAACUAUAGUUUAACUAACUAACUUUAUACCUUGUUGCGUACACUUGUACUUGUUAAUUAAAUUGUUCAACAAAUAUUGAUCGAUCGAUUA